CGAGGGACAAGCACACAGAAAUGGAUCUGAAAUGGGUUUCUGUUCUUUUCCUCAUCUCAGCUGUCUGUGGCGUAUCUGCAUACGUUCCUCAUCGGUAUCACUUUGUGAAUGAAAGUAAAAACUGGACUGAAGCUCAGAGCUACUGCAGACAGAUCUACACUGAUCUGGCCACCAUCAGUAACAUGGAGGAGAUGAAGAAGCUGAAUGCUAUUCUGAAAGAUAAAACUAGUAGCUUUGUUUGGAUUGGUCUAGGCAGAGGGAAUGCUGGGAAAUGGCUGUGGUCCCUAGCAGAUGGAAGGUUCUACAGGGAGGGAGACACUUACCGAAACUGGAACAAUAAAGAGCCAAACAAUUAUGCGGGGAAACAAUACUAUGUUGCAAUGAAGAAAGAUGCUGGAACCUGGACUGAUGAAAGCUGUGAUCAGUCAUAUACUUUUGUGUGUUUUGACAAAAACAAGACAAACACUGAGAGACACAUAUUUAUCAAUGAGAAAAAGAGCUGGCAUGACGCUCAGAGCUACUGCAGAGAACUUUACACAGACCUGGCCAGUGUGAGGAACCAGACGGAGAACAAAGAGAUCUGGGAAUCUGUAAACCAUUCAAUCACUGAUGGGGUUUGGAUCGGCCUCUUCAACGACUCAUGGACAUGGUCAGAUCAGAGUAACGCCUCAUUCAGAUACUGGCCAUCUAACCAGCCAUUUAGUCAGGAUUGGCAGCAGAACUGUACUGCAGUAUCUAUGACUGACCAGGGUCUCUGGCAUGAUGUGAAGUGCGGAACACAAAUCCCCUUCGUCUGCCAUGAGAAUCAGCUGAUCUUGAUCAAUCAGAAUCUGACCUGGAGAGAAGCUCUGAGAUACUGCAAAGAUAAUCAUGUGGAUCUGGUCUCAGUUCACUCUGAGGAGAUCCAGCUCUGGGUGAAGGAGGUGGCGCAGAACGCCUCCACUGAACAUGUGUGGCUGGGUCUGCGUCACACCUGCACCCUCAGCUUCUGGUUCUGGGUGAGUGGAGAGUCUGUCUGCUACCAGAACUGGGCUCCAGGUAACGGGACAGGAGGAGAAGACUGCAGCCCUGUAGAGAGAACCGGAGCGGUGCAGGCUAGAGGAGGUCAGCAGUGGGUCAGCCUGCCUGAGGACCAGAAAUGCAACUUCAUCUGCCUCACCUAUGAAGGUUAGAUACUGAAACCAGGUUUUUUUCCCCUUCAAUAACCAGCAUAUAUUCAAUAACCAGCAUAUAUACCAGAAAUAUUUAUGUAGAUGCAUUUGUAAAUCUUUUUCGUCUCUCUCUUCCCAACAAUGAAGAGUGAAACCAGAUGGAUCCCCUUCCAUAACGAGAAUCAGAAGAUCUAUAGUUAGUAUAGUUUAUUAUAGUAUAGUAUAGCAUCAUUUUUAUGUGCUUUUCUUGAUGGUGAGGGUCAUAUUAAUCUACCAAAAUUAAUGUUUCAUAUAGUCCUGUGUUUUUAGUGUGCAGAUUUUUACCUUUUUUAUCCAUGGAAGCUACAGUGGACCUCAUUCCUGAACCACGACUAGAAUGCAACAUAAUCUGAGCAUCGAUAUUUUACCAAAUAACUUUGAGUGUAAAUUGCAUGCAUUUCUUAUCCACAAAUA